CCUGCCCGGGGGAGUCUCCAGUCUGGUUAUACUUCUCGGUGGUGUGUGUUUACAUCUUGUCAGGGUCCAGCAUGGCAUCCUCAGACGGAUUGAGAUCAUGCCUAUAUGGCCCAGAAUCCCUGGAAGAGCGACUCUCUCUUGGAGAACGAGCAUUUCUGGCCCCACUCAAUGUUCCAGUCUCACACAAGGAAGAUGUUGUCAUUAUAUGGUUAUCUCAACUUGUCACUAAUAAGGUAUUGACACUGAACUCUGCGGAUCUAAAGGCGGUUUUGAGGACGAUGAAUAAUAUCCUUAACUCCCGGAGGCUCAAGGCACUUUGUAGUAACAAUUGGUUCUGUCCUAUCAGCUCAUCUUUCACCGAGACCCUGGUGGAUAUCAUUAACAGUAGUUCAGAAGACUCCCUACGUGAGGGUGCUAUUGAGCUUUGCCAUACUCUUCUAUCAAAUCCAGCUGUAGCACCUCUUGUUACUCACUCAGCUCAUCAUUGCCUCUCCCUCACUAAGGGACUCAUAAACUGGUUAAUUGAGGGCCAUAAAAGUGACUUAGAUGUGACGUUGACUCUGAUGGCAUCAUUGGAAGUUGGCACCCAUUUACGGAUUCAGCCAGAUAGAUCAAGUGCUCUGCUGUCUGUUGUAGAUCAUCUACUUUUACCUCAUGCUAGACUAAAUGUUGCCUUGAAAAGUGAUGAAAGAGAAAUUGUGCAAAAACUACUGAAGGAAAUUAAAUUACUGGUAUUUGAAAAUAUACUUCAUUACAAGCUGGUGAAUCAAUUUACCACAACUUUAAGCAAUUUGUUUUCUGAGGAAACGAAGGUAUCCUUAGAUACAGUUGUAGAAAAGUUAUUAAUGUCUAUUGUUUCAGCUAUUAAGACUGAAGUAGAAGUUAGCCAGUAUCUAUUAGCUGAAUUCAUUACCGAGUUUGUAGUGCGAAUAAAAAAUAAAGUACUUCACUAUCAAAUGUUAAUUGUGGCUUGUCAUAUGUUAGAUGUGCCUUGGCCAGAGUCUAAAAAGAUCCCUUCACUAGAAAAAAACAGUCUUAUUGGCCAGAAACUAAAGCCAUCAUGCCUUGCCAAGGAAAAACAAGAGGCGCUCUUGUAUUCUGUUUUGAGUGCAGCUGAGUCGACUUCCAUUGAUCUGACAGUAAAUGUGAAAGGCAUGAGCUUAAAGACAUGGCUGGAAAAUUUAGGUGAAGUGUUGAUGAAGACUACACCUGAAACUACUGAAGGAUACCUAUGUCAUCGCACACUGCUAAAAAUGAUUCCACAAUUUAUGAGUGGACUAGUAAUGAAAAAUUUAUGGAUUCUUUAUUGCUACAAGAAGGUCCCUCAUGUAACAAGAGCCAGUAAGGUUCUGUAUGCGGCAUACGAUGACCUCUUGUGUGAUGUUUUAGCAGUGUGUGUCAGUUUGAGAAAUAUUGACAAUACAUUAAGGAGAAUUUUGUCUGGCUUGAGGGAGGAUACUGCAUCUUUGAAGAACCAACAGAUAAUACCAGAUUCUCUCCUUGUGUAUGAAGGACAGCUGCUACUUCCUCCCAGAUUUAUGCUGUCAAUGAUGAAGGCUAUAGCUGAUCUGGGUCAUUCUCAGGUGUUACCAGUUUGGAAAACAACACUACAUUUUUUCACAAAAGAAUGUGCCUUACUUCUUAAAGGUGAAACUGAUGCAGGUGCCUUGAAAUUUGUGAGUAUUGUGGUAUGGCUGUUGUCGUGCAUCAUGAAGGCUAGCCCUGUUGUGCAAGUUGUCUCGGUGGCAGGAGUUGCACAAAAUUUUGCAGGCAUCAUGAAACAGAUUGCACUUCAUGGAAUCAAGCCACUUGUUACUGCCAUGCUUACUCAACCCCAUAAUAAUGAUGUAUGUGGAAGUAUCCUUGUCUUAUGCCACACUUGGGGUGAAAUUCAUACCAACCUUCUCUCAAUUGAUAAGGGGUAUUCUGAAUUGCCAGAUUUACCCAAGAUUCACCCACCGAAACCAAGUGAACCUACGGACUUCUCACAUCUUCUUCCCUUUAUUUCACGAGAGGAAUGGGCCCAGAUAUCUGCUAGGGUAGCCAACUUUGGAAAUCGGCCGACGCAGUUAGCAUUAGUGCAGCUAGUCCUUCAGAAGUUCAGUCAAGCUGCUCUUGAACAUCACAGAAGCUUUAUACAUUUGGGUACAGUGUGCAACCAACCCAACCAGAAUCCCACUAGUCAAGCAUUGGAAGCCAUGACCAAGUAUCUCAUGAACACCAUGGGCUCUAUGGGUAGCAAUGUAUCUCAGUUAAUGACUGUUCAUCUUGCUUAUAUACUGCCCUUCAUCCAUGAUAGUCAUCUGCCAGUUAUUGCAAGGUACUUGGUAAAGGGAAUAAAAGACGGUGAAUUAGCUUGGCAGGAAUAUGUUAGAAGUGAACAGUUUCAUGAGGCCAGCAGACUUCAUCCGUACAUCUUCUCCUCCAUAUGUUCCACUCUGGCCAAUACAUCUGGUCAACGGACAUUUUCGGACCUGGAAGAAACAACAGCAACUAAUAUAAUGUAUUGCAUUGAACUCUGGAAGAAGAUGAAAAAAAUUGGCCCACUACUUAUUGAAUUUGGCAGUGAUAAAGAUGAAAAUAAUGCCUUAUGGAAAAAAUUGAAAGAAUGUGGUGAUAUUCUGAAAAAACUUGUAGAAAAUGAAAGUACUUGUUUGAACAAACCGAUUGUUAGAAGUUCCAUGGAUAUAAAUGUGAUGAUUGAGUUGAUUGGAAAUUUCCCUCUUUCCUAUCUAAGUAAAGGGCUCCAAACUGCCAUCCUAUUGAUGCUUUUUGUAUCAUUGAUACAUGAAGAUCUUGAGAGUAAAGACACAAAUCUAUCACCAAUCUUGCAUAUUAUAAAUCAAACAUUGUGUUCAAACUGUCAACUUAGAAUAUUCCGCGUGACAAAUGCUAGUUCCCUCUUACAGUGGCUUAUCAAGAAGAGAUGUGAUUUUCCAUUUUCCAUUAUUACACAGCAUAUGGCUAACCUCACUCGGUCACUGUUGACGAAAGAUGCCAAGACCUGCUAUGCUAACUUACCAGAAGAACAACCAAAAUCUAGGUUAACAGCUCAGGCGCUGGUAGGCCAGAGUUUCGACCAGCUCUUGAGUGCUCUUCUGUACACGUUGACAGGUGCUGCUAGCAGUGCAGAUCACGUAAAAGAAGUGGCAAGAUUCGUCAUUUCGGAAGCAGCCUCGGAUGCCGAACUCUUCUUGCAACCAGCUGUUUUUCUUAUGGCAGCUUGCUAUAAGAAUAUCAAAUUUUGUAAGAAAACACUGAUGUUCCUAUCCACCUGGAUCCUGCGGGAAUUGAGAAAGAUGGAUCUUGCUACUACUGCUCCUCCCACAGCUGCCGCCAUCCUCACUGCUCACACUAUCAUUGUCUUGGUCAAAACUCAUGAUUCUACACGGAAAAAGCCACAUAACAAUUCCUUAAUUUCAGAAAGUGCUACAGAGAUUGAUCAUGAAACUCAAAUGGAAAUCGAUGAAGAUCCCCCAAAUUUGGAAGACAGUUGUAACCAUGAACAAGGAAAAAAGAUCCAUAAGUGGCAAAAACUCUUAGGCAAUACCUGCCACUUGGCAAAACUGUGUCUCUCUAGUAGUCACCAGGAGUUGCAGGAGUAUGCCCUUAAAUUUCUCUUCACAGUAUUGCAGCAUUCUGAUGUUUUGCAAGCUUACCUUCCACCUCAUCUCUUUAGUACUACAUGGACAGCCUUGUCUGGUGUUGAUAGCUUACACAUGGUCAUUGAUGCUCUUCCACAUACUAAAUUAUCCAUAGAUCCACUGUUAUCGAGGGCUUCCCCUGAUGACUAUGAGAAGAUACUUCAGGAUCUACUGAAAUGCACACAGUCAGGAACCACAGAUUUAACUCACACACUUAGGCUUUGGCAAGUUGUAAUUUUCUCUAAAGUGGUCGGAGUCAAUGGAGCUCUGAAACGUGUGGCUCUGGAGCACCUUAUACCCAUCCUUGGAAAUCUAGUGACUAUCCAUGGAAUGUCUGAUAAGUGUGUGAGCCCACACCUUAUCCCUAUUUUGGAAACCCUGAGAGAACUAAUCAAUUUUGCCCUGAAAUUUGAGGCACAGACUAUAGCCCUUGUUCUCACACCCUGUACCACCAUUCAAUUUCAUACACUGCCACCUGACCAGUUUAAUCAGGCUUUUACGGCUGCUGUUGAUAUUGUCAACUGCAUUUUGGUACGCUAUCCAGGUGUAGUAAUGGAACGCACCCCUUCAGUUCUGGCAACCAUCACACACCUGGCAACAUCUCUGAUUGCUCAAGCUAGUCAAGAGUGUAAACUGGAAGAAGACCAAAUAAAAGUCAUGGUAGGAUGCGGCACCAAUCUUGAGCAUGUUGUAAAAGAACUGACUACAUACAAAAUCAAGCUCAACAAGAUAGUUCACUUCACUAUGGCUGCUAUUGUGGGAGCUCUGCAGCUUACAACUGUGUAUCCAGCUGUUAAGGUAAUCUUGGAGAGCAUCGUGUACCGACUCCUGGACCUGUGCGACAGCCACUGUUUAAAUCAUCUUUUAGUGGCACUGCCUCCAGCCACAACAACAUUUCUCAAGCAUCUUCAUAGCAAUUAUUCAACCUUCCAUCGUUACAAUCCUUUCAAAGCAUAAAAAAUACUGCUGCAGUAAUAUCAAGAUGUAACGGGCAGACAUUUUGGGAGCUGUAUGCAUCUCAUUAUACGGUUGUGGGACAGAUGCUCCUAGAUGAACAGAAGAUCCAAAAGGCCAAGACAACUCCAGAGACAAUCACCUGUAAAAGAAAAAUAAACAUUAAACAGGGACACUACUUUUAUUAUCACCAAUGCCUAAUAAUAAGCCAAAAAAAUCCUAACACCCAAUCUUUUAAGAUUGGCUCAGCAAGGCCUAUCCCUUCCUCUGAUU